AUGCAGCCGCCAUAUGUCUUGAUCCCCGAUGAUAAUUUGUCGGGAGUAAUUCCUGGAAUUCAACGUCCUCCCGAGAUUUGUGUCGACUACUUAUCGCACGAUUGGAAAGAGGAGGACGAUAUUUGGACAUCGUGGAAAGUGAUGUCGAAGCAGAAAAAAGAAAUCGUUAAUGGCGUAAGGUUGGAGAAUGCCUCCUGGCGAACUUGGGCUAAACAAAAGUAUCACCUGAAAACUGUGAAUCCUGAAAGGCUCAAUUGGAUGAAAGAUAGCGAUGUAACAUGGUUAUAUGGUCCAUUGCACAGGGCAUUUAAUUCACGCAAACAUGAAGAAUCUCUGAAAUCCAAAUCACCUACCAUCCAAGACAAGCUUGGCCUAAUGCAUCAUCACGCAUCUAGCACUUGUCAAAAAUCUUGUCUGAAGAAAAAAUCUUUAUCAGAGAUACUACUAAGCAAUACCAGUGAUCGACGAUACCCAAGUUUAGUGCCGAGUCACUCGGACUCGGCACUCUACAAAAAGAAAAAAUCUCGAGCUGGAACAGGAAUAGGAACGAUAACUGAAAUAGAAGUUGUUGUAACGGAAGAUUCAAAAACGACGCUAUCCACCUCAAUAUCAGAAACAUCGCCGCUGGUCACAUUAAUGCGUCGUCAUCAACAGGAACGAAACACGGAACAUCAUAUUCGAUUUAAUGAUCAAGUGGAGCAAUGUAUUGCUGUUGAUUCGGCGGAAGAGGAAGACGAUGAUAAUCUUGGGAAAAAUUCACAUGAGGAUGAAAGUGGCGAUAACAGUAGUGAUGAUGGCGCAAUAUUGAUGAAAAAUUCACGUAAAAAAAAGGGGAAAAAAGAAUGCUUCACAAUACAUAAACUUGACCCAAUACCAUUGAAAUCGGAUCAAAUGAUUAAUGAUUAUACGAACAAUUAUAAUGAUGGAUUAUUUGACAUGGGAGUAUUCACGACGGAUAUGUUUGAUCAUUUUGACCCUUCAGGUUCAUUAUAUGGGUCUUCGCCAAAUUCAACCUCACCAUCAUCAUUACCUCGUUCAAAAUCGGAUUCUUCACCUCGAUCAGAAAAAAUACGAGGAAAUGGUAACGAGCAAGAUGAGGAGAAUGAUGGAUUUGUCGAUAAGGCUUUUCAUAUUGCCACAGGCGUUCGUGAUAUUGUUCAUUGGUGCUCGAAUAUGGUAUUCAAUGGCCAAGUAUUUUGA